AUGCAAGACCGUCUGAACGGGAAAACGACCUAUCCGACGAUCGUCUCGGAGAUUGGCUUCAAGAUUGUCGGCUGGCCGGCGGACGUCUCGUUCACGGACCUGAGCGCCAUCGGCGGUGGCGUCCGGACGCUCGACGAUCUCCUCGCGCGAUGGGAUUUGCCGGACGGGCACCCCCGCAAGCUGCGCUUCCAGCCGGCCUCGCGCGAAGACCGGGAGAAUGCCGAACGCAACCCGGACAGCGUCCACCCCACGCCCCACUAUCUGCCGAUGUUGAGGAGGAGGGCCGCUGCCGCCAAAAAGAGAUCUGCCGACACCGAAGUCACUUCCGUGGUAUACCAUCCAGAGGACAUGGGGUACGUCGGCCACGAGACGACAUCCACGGCACCGCCCAAGCCACAGGCCCCGGGCGAGAGGCAGCAGCGGGAGGACGUCACAAAGCGGCGGGCGCGGAAGUCCGACACGGAGACGAACGUGCGGCCAAGGCGGGAGAAGCCCGCAGUCUAG